UUAUUUUCUAUAACACAACACUUGCGGCUGCAUUGGACGCACACCUCUUCAGCUCUGCAACUCUCUCUUUCUCUUUCCAUGUCCAUGUUCAUGGCAAUUGUAAGAUGGCUGUGAACAAUCGCUGUUUCGUGGAAUGGAAAGAGCAGUUUGUUUCACAAGAGCGUGGUAACCGUGUGGUUCACUAUUACCUGAAGGAUGCUGCUGGUGAGUCCAUUCUUGCAGUGGUAGGCACUGAGAGAAGUGUUAGACACAUGUGCUAUGUUGUUGCUGAAGAGUUCCUUGAAGUUUGUGGGAAGGAAGGUUCCAUUCCAACUGGUUUCAAAUGGAGAUCUAGAAGAGAGGUGGUGGAUUGGCUGACAUCAACACUAUCAAAGCAGAAUCUGCAGGGAGAUAGAAGUGUAUCACCUGGUCAUAACUUGGUACAAACUCAUGAGACAACAAAUGACAAUGUCAAUGAAAUUACUGGUCAUCCUGCACAAAUAACAGAUGACAAGGACUUUCCAAUGAGUAGCUCCAAAUUAUCCAAUUCAGACAUUGUUUGGUCAGGAGUUGCGUGGAGAUGUGGCAAACAACUUAAGCAUUAUCCCACUUUUUCCAGGAAUGGCAUCAAAAUUGCGAUUCAAUCCUUUGUUUUUGUUAUGGGAAAGGGAGAGAAUCAUUAUAUUGCUUAUGUAGAGGAUAUGUAUGAAGACAGGAGGGGACAGAAAAAGGUCAAAGUGAGAUGGUUUCACCAUAAUCAGGAAGUCAAGGGUGUAGUUCCCGUACGAAAUCCUCACCCUCGGGAAGUUUUUAUCACACCUUAUUCUCAAGUCAUUAGUGCAGAGUGUGUAGAUGGUCCUGCCACAGUCUUAACUCGUGAACACUAUGAAAAAUGCAUGCCUUUCUUUUCCCCCACUUCAACAGAGAGAAUACAUUUGUGCUUUAGACAAUUUAGAAGCAACAAAGUCAAGCCCUUUGACUUGAGUAAACUGCGUGGCUACCAUGCUCAACCAAUUCUUUCUUGCUUGCACCUUGAUUCAACCCAGAACCCUGAGAAACUCACAAGAGAAAAUGAAGAGUUUAGUGCAGGUGAUGAUGUGAAGGUAGGAGCCAAGAGGAGCAGAAGUGAUAAGGGGUCUCCUCAGUCAUGGAUAAGUCGCCAGGGAGUUAGGAAGUUAAUUAGAAAUAAGCAAAUGAUGGUAUACAAAACCUUCCAGGUUGCAAAUUAUGCAAGGCCCGAAAGGAUAUUGCUUUCUUUGAAGCAGGUUGAGUGUCAACCUUGGUCUAACCACACAUACAAGAUUGAUGACAAGAUAGAGUUGCUCUGUCAAGAUAGUGGCAUCAGAGGCUGCUGGUUCAGGUGUACAGUUGUUCAGGUAGCGCGGAAACAGUUGAGAGUCCAAUACGAUGAUGUCCAGGAUGAAGAUGGAAGUGGAAAUCUUGAGGAAUGGAUCCCUGCUUUCAAGUUGGCCAGGCCUGAUAAACUUGGGAUGAGGUAUUCUGGUCGCCCCACCAUCAGGCCAGCUCCACCUUACGAGGAACAAGAACCGGCUGUCCAGGUUGGAAUUGCAGUUGAUGCAUGGUGGAGUGAUGGCUGGUGGGAGGGGGUUGUAACUAGAAUUGACAACUGUGGUGAUGAUAGUGUUCAAGUCUACUUUCCCGGUGAAUGCUUGUUGAUGAAAAUGUGCAAGAAGGAUUUAAGAAUAUCUAGAGAUUGGUUAGGGGACAGUUGGAUUAACAUUAAAGCAAAACCUGAAAUAACCACAACUGUAUUCACAGCUAAUAAUAGCUUUAACACAAAGCUUUCCGUGUCCCCAUCUAUCGGCAAAGAUGUGGACUCUGUUGGUUUUGCUAAUUCAUGUCAUGGUGAUCUUGUUAGUAAUAAGCCUAAUGGUGAUGAAGAAGAGAAAUUUGUGUGUUGUGAUGGCUCUGCUGAAGAUGGGGACUGUGUCCAGGAUAAUAAACCCUCUUCUGAAAAAUGUACUCAAGUUGACAGUAUUGAGAUACAUGGAAGUUGUGAUAAUGAAGAUAUUGGUGAUGAUAAUGAUAACAGUAAUGAUAGCAAUAACAAUGAUGAUGGUAGUAACAAGAAUGGUGUUGAGAAUGGUAAUAAAGAUGUGGAGGUUUUAGGAACUUCUGGACCGGACCAUGAAACUGUAGAGCUCAUGGAAGUGGCUGUAUAAACAAUUUUUUGGUGCAUAUGAUACUGCUGAUUGUAGAGCUUUGCCAUCAUCUCUUGUUGUGUUGUAAUCUAUGUCCAAUGUUAGGCUGAGAAUGUAAAUAGUAGUUACAUGGUUAUGUUGGAAGCUGAUUGAUUGUUAACUUGUUAGUUACCUUAAUAGGUGUACAGUGUUGAGUGUAAUGUGCAAGUGUGUUUUCUUUCUUCAUUGAUUGUAUUAGAAUGUAGAUUUCUUUCAUACGAGACAAGUAUUGUUGUGUAAUUUCAAUUGUCAUCCGAUUAUUAGUUUCAUUUAUCUGAGCCAGCAUAUUAUAAGAUCUCAUGUGCUGAAUAUUUCUUGA